GUGGAGAACAGUUUGCGGAAGAGAAUAGAAUAGAAAACCAACAAUUUUUUGUGCCCAUUUUUUGUAGUCAAUCAGCAACCCCACACCACAUGGUGGAUUCAUUUGUACUAAUUGUUUAAGGCAAGGAGCAAUAUGAAAGUUGAAAUCCUUUUUAGGAGUGGGAGGUGUGAGGUGGGUCUUGAAGAGUUUCUGUGAUCAUGCUUACCUUUUUUUCCUUCACUUGUUCUCAUCAAUUCUGGCCUCAACAACACACCACUACACUUCAAACCCACCUCCCAAAACAAUCAAAAAUUAUUUCCAAAAGUGAAAAAGCAAAACUUGAUGUUGUUGUUGCUGCUGCCACUCAUGAGGCUUUUCCCUUUCCUUCUCCUCCUCCUCCUUGUCCUCUUGUUCAAUUAUGGUUUUUCUGAGUCAGGUGUUGGUGCUGGCUACCAACUCAUGGUAGCAGUUCCUGUGGAGUAUGAAGUGGAUUUCAAAGGGAGGGCUUUUCUUGUGGAGACCAAUCAGACAGCUCCGAAUUUCAGAGUGGCAUUGAGCAUUGAGGCCAUCAAUGGGAAAUACUCAUGCUCAUUGGAAGUUUUCCUUGGGGAUGUGAAGGUGUGGGAUUCUGGCCAUUACUCCAGGUUUUACAUCACUGAGAAAUGCUUGCUAGAACUCACUAUGGAUGGAGAUUUAAGGCUGAAAGGUCCAAAAGAAAGAGUGGGAUGGAAGACUGGGACUUCUGGACAAGGUGUGAAGAGAUUGGAAAUACAGAGGACCGGCAAUCUGGUGCUUAUAGAUGCACUGAACAAUAUAAAGUGGCAGAGUUUCAAUUUCCCAACGAAUGUGAUGCUUAGGGGUCAGCAACUUGAUGUGGCAACUCGCUUGACGUCUUCCCAAAGCAACUCAAGUUUGUUCUACUACUCUUUCGAAAUUGAGGACAAGAAGGUUGCAUUGUACUUGAACUAUGGUAAGUUGAGAUAUUCUUACUGGGGGUUUCAGCCUACCAUGAAUAGAAGUAUUACAUACAUUAAGCUGAGUUCAAGAGGGUUGGUGUUGUUUGAUGUCAAAUACAAGAAAAUAGCACAAAUUCCAUCGGAGGGGAUUCAUCCACUAAGGUUUCUAGCACUAAAUAAUGAAACGGGAAAACUUGGUCUUUACUACUAUUCACCCGAGAAAGGAAAGUUUGAGGCUUCUUUUCAAGCACUUAACAGCACAUGUGAUCUUCCAAUUGCUUGUAGGCCUUAUGGGAUAUGCACAUUCUCCAAUUCUUGUUCAUGUAUUCAGCUUUUGACAAAUGAAGACAAAGGCGGUGCUGAUUGCGGUUGGGCAAUUUCGGGAGGGUUUUGCAACGGUAAGGAGGCAGAAAUGCUAGAACUAGAUAAUGUAAGUAGUGUGCUUAAAAAUGUUACUAAGGUGGUAAAUAUUACCAAAAAAGCAUGUGAGAAUUUGUGCUUCCAGGACUGUAAAUGUGCUGCUGCUUUGUAUUUUGGGAAUGCAAGCACAGAUGAGGCAGAAUGUUAUCUUUACAAACUUGUGCUGGGUCUCAAACAGGUAGAAAAAGGCACAGGAUUUAGUUAUAUGGUUAAGGUCCCAAAGGGAACUGUUAAAAACCAUGAGAGGCAUAAUGUGAAAAGAUGGGUGUUUGUUGUGGCUGGAGGGGUUGAUGGACUCAUUAUUCUACUUCUUGUUGGAGGUUUUGGAUAUUGGUUGGUUAAAAGGAGAAGUCAUGCCUUGCAUUCUCGGGCCAGCACUACAUGAGCUGUUUAGCAAAGCCUGGACCAGGUUUAACUUCUGAGUUCAUAUGUGAAAAAAUAAUAAUAAUAUAGAAAUCAUUCAUUGAAACAUGUAAACACAUUUUUCUUUUAUAUCAGGAGAAUCAUCAUAGAUCAUUCAAGUAGAUUGAAUUUUUUUGAGGACAAAAUGCUGCAUAUUUGCAGCAUAUAGAAAAUUUGUUUUCCAAUGAUGGAAAUAGAAAUGUGAACUUUUGAAACCUCAACUUCCAAAGUCCAACAUAUACAUGUUUGGUUUCUUCUUGAAUCAUGACAGUGGAUUUUCUGAUUGUGCAUCAUUUAACUAGUUAUUAUCUUGAGGUUAUUAAACUUCGUAAUUAAUGUCAUCUACAAAGAUAAUGCAAUCAAAUAUCAUAG